AAUGUCGGCCGACAACGACAAUAAUGACGAUGGCAUUGAAGUCAAGAACUUCUAUUAUAAGCAAAUGCGCAAGUUGAGAGUGUUUAAAUCAACAGAUGUGGUUACCGUAAGAUCUUCUCUUUUGGCUGUGUCGAACGAGUAUGGUGUAGUUUAUGUAGCUGGGGAAGAUAAAUGUAUAUCUGCAAUAAAGGUUGAGACAGUUGAAAAAAUCUUCGUAGAGGUCCAAGGAAGUUUACAGGUUGAAGAAACUACAUUUCCAUCGGCAACCAUCAAUGUUGGUCAUUCAUUUUCAAACAUUGCCCUCUCAUGCAAUGAACUUACAUUGGCUGUUGGCUAUCAUAGCCAAAACACUCCUGCUGUUGGUUUUCUUGAUGUCAGGGCAUUUUUCUCAAAUAGGUCGCCCAAGAAAUUUUUUGCUGAACUACCAUUUCCUGGAAAUGAAAUUGUAAGUGUAGUGCAAUUGGCUUGGAACCCAACAUCUGCAGAGAUUUUAGCUGUCUUACUGAGUGAUGGUCAAAUAUUGAUGGUGACCUUGAAUGGUGUUAACGCAGAUAUCAUUGCUGCUUUACGAACUUCUGCAACUGCAGUGUCAUGGAGUCCUAAAGGCAAGCAAAUUGUAGCUGGACUCAAGAAUGGAAUGUUGGUUCAAUAUAAACCUGAUUUACAAAUGAAGAAAGAAAUACCAUUUCCUGAUGUUUUGACAAAUCCAUGUCAAGUCACCGACGUCGUUUGGAUAUCGACUUUUCAAUUUGGCGUCGUGUACACAGAGUGUGAUGAUAAUGAAGUGUCGAGUCUUGUGAUUGUGAACUCUCCUAAAACAGGCGCUCCUUUCUAUGAAGUAUUUGAUGAUGUGUACUAUAGCUUGGGUGAAGAUCGUGAACCUUGUUUUUAUCUAAACUUUAUUUCUCAAUGGAAAUUGGUUUUGUCUUUGUAUUCGUGUUCAUACGAACUGGUUACCAUCAGUCAAACUGAUAAGGGUCCUUGGGUCAAGUGGAUUUUACCAGACUCAGGUCAAGCUACAUUACCUUCUACACAUGAUAACGAGGACACGUAUCCUCUGGGUUUGGCGCUCUCUUUUUCUGUUACGAAAUCCUUGGAACAAGAUGGCCAAAAGUUUCCCCCUGCUCCCAUAUUGUUCCUUCUUACCACUGAUGGUGUUCUUUGCCCAUUCUACAUGAUCUAUAAGAAUCCACAGUUAGCCAAUGAUGUAUGUCAUCUUCCCAAACCGUUACCAAUGGAUGGAGAACGUCUCUCGUCUUCUACAGCUUCAGUAUUAAAACCAAUUUCUUCGUCUGGUCAAACGCCUCCGGCUGCAAUGACGACACCCAAAACAACUUUGCAACCUGCAAAUCUUCCUCCAAGCUCUCUCAUUCAAAGUAGUGUCCCUAUAGGUUUAAAACCUCCUGACAACAACAGAGGUCCCUUACUCGGCUCCACUCCCCUUGUUGGAGCAUCAUCAACAGUCACCCAGUCGACGUUUAGUUCUGCCUCAACUGGUUUACAGACUAGCCAACAAAUAUUGUCAUUUUCGGGUGCAGCAUCAACGAAAACCACUCAAACUGGUUUGUUCCAGUUUCAGCCAUCCUCGACGACAAUCACUCAGCCUUCGACUGGUUUGGGACUUGUUGCACCAAAAUCCACUUCAUUGGGCUUUCAGUCGGUCAGAUUUGCUCCAGUAACCUUAAGUCAGCAGUCUGGUACCUCAGUCGUGACAGAAACCACUCGCUCCAGUUCAUUGGGCUUUCAGUCGGUCAGAUUUGCUCCAGUAACUUCAAGUCAGCAGUCUGGUACCUCAGUCGUGACAGAAACCACUCACUCCAGUUCAUUGGGCUUUCAGUCGGUCAGAUUUGCUCCAGUAACUUCAAGUCAGCAGUCUGGUACCUCAGUCGUGACAGAAACCACUCGUUCCAGUUCAUCUACAACAGUUGUUGUCAGCACUAAAUCAAAUGUUGGGGUUGUGAGUAAUGCGCCUGCGAUCGGGAGUACCAUCAUUUCACCUUCCCCGGAACUUCGAACUGCAUUGUCGGCUACACCACAACCAAUCACGAAGAUUGGGCAAAAGGAAGAAACAUCGACCAAGGUUUCGCCUUCAAAACAGGAAUUGCUCGAAGCUGCUAUUCAUCGUCAUAUCCAGAACGAGGUGGAAGCUUUCAAUAAGGAAAUGGAAGCUGCGCGAAAAAGAUACCAAUGCUUGAAGAGACUGGAUAUCGCUUUGAAAGAAUUAAAUUGUCAAGAAAUAUCGCAGGAUGUUAACGAAAAACGACGUUUUAUGAACCAAGUUAAAACAGCUAUCGAGGAGUUAAACAAUGACAUUGAUCAAGAGAAGAAUUCUCUGUUGAAUGCUUUUGAAAUGAUCGAAGAUGCCAAACUACGCAAUAACACUGCCAGUGAUCCGCGUUAUGUUCAGCUAUUGAAGAAUCGUGGUCUUGAUCCCAGUUCGGAAAGGAAAAUGAAAGAAAUUCGUUCUUCUUAUUUGAUCUUAGACAACACUUUGAGGGAAGUAAAUAUGGCCAUGGACGAGCAAUGGGAAAAGAUAAACAAAUCAUCAAGAGCCAUGCGAAGUCCUAGUUUUGAUACAAUAUACCAAACGAUGAGGCGAAACCGAAGUAUAGUGAAAAAUCAGUCGGUGCAGAUAGAGGCAAUUUUGCAACGCAUCAAUGGUCGCUAUUUUCGAAACGGCACUAAUGGUGUUAGAUCUUCCUCGAUAUUGGGAAGUGAUGAUGUUUCCUCUUUGACUGAGCGUAUGAGUAAACAAAAACUAGAAAAAACCUCAAAAGAAGCUGAAAAUGCGAGAGCAAAGAGAAAAGCUGAACUUCGUCUUAUGUUGUCGAAGCGUUCCACUGUUCCAGUCAGGAAAACAACGUUCAUUUCAGAUUGGCAUUUACGCAAUGAUUCAUUUGUUGAUCGAUCAGAAACCGCUGCCCACGCCGAGGAGAUCUCGGAAAGUGAUGAAAAACCGCCAUCAAAUGAAAACUCUGAAAAUCUGUCAGCAGCACGAGAUAUACCAACGUCAAACACGAAUUUAGGCAGUCGAGUUCACUUUUUAGAUUUUUCAACGGGCCUCUCUUCUUCUUCGUUUUUAACAGCGCAAAGUGUUCAGCCACCCGGUGCAUUGUUCAAGACUGAACUGCCAACGAAGAAACCACUGACCAAAGAGAACACGGUCACUGAGCCUGACAGAACUUUUCCUAUUGACAAGGUUGUCGUUACAAGUGUUCGCACACCUCCCACUGUGCUCUCUCCUCGUGAUGCGGCUGCAGCCGCUGCCCUAGCGCGGGCGUCUAGUGAUGAUAGCAAACUUGACUUGGGUGCUUCCAUUCCCGCCAAAACUUUGGUUGAAUAUAAAGCUCAAGAUGGUGGCAAAAGUGAGAAAGACCCUAACGCUGACCGCCAUGCUCGUAUGAUUGCGGACGCAGCUGUAAAAGAUGCCGAGAACAAGAUGAAAAAUACAACCCUUACCCCUCCGUCAAAUACUGCAACAACAUUCACCUUGCGAUCUUCAAAUAGUGCUGCGCAAUCAUCCGGUCCACCUGUGAUGGUUUUACAGCCUGGUGGAACGUUUGCUAUAAAAAAACCAGUUGAAAAUGUUUGUAAAGAACCUGUUCAAUCAGGUGUCAAACCUGUCAUGCCUGUUACACAGUUCACCAAUGCAAAAACAGAUUUCAAGCCUCUUGCUCCCAACCCUCCUGGUAGUCAGUUUGGUCCCCCUACAUUAACGAAUUUUACUUUCAAGCCUUCUUUUGGUGUCCCCAGUUUCGGAGCCAAUGAGAGCUCUGGCUCUCAAGUCACAUUUGGUGGAACGUCUGGUAGUUUUGGUGGUGUCAAUAGUGCACUUGUGUUUGGUACCGGAAGUAAACUAUUUGGUGAGACGAAACCACUGUCAUUUACUUCUAACAAUCUUACUCAACCUACCGCUAAAGUUGUUCCUUCACCAACACGUGAAGAAGGCGCAGGCGGUGGAAAAGAUGAAAAUGAAAAACAGCAAACAAAAGUAAAGCAAGAAUUAAAUUCAAAUUUAUCUUCAAAUGUUGGAAGAGAAAGUGUCACGAAAAAUCUCUUUGAUAAAACCAAGAUGGACGACCAUAAGUCUGAUGUUGUUCCUGUACGCGGUGAGCCGGAAGGAGAGAGCAAACAGCCGACGGUGACAGCUCAAAGACAGGCUGCUAUUGGCAAGUCAGACAAGGAUACACCUUCUAUCUCAAGUUCUUCAACUAAACCACCUUCACCGUCCAAAACCAACGCUCAAAACACUGCAACCAACGCAAAGCCUUUCACGGCUGGAUUGUCUUUCCCCUUCGCUUCUUCAACACCAUUUAAGUCGGGCACUGGUGACGGAAAAACGCUUGGAUUUGGUUUUCCCACUGCAUCAAAUUUGCUGACAUCAUCGAUCUCAAAAACAACUUCCAUUGAUGUCAAGGUCCCUGACGUAAGCAGCCAAGCAGAGUUACAAUCUUCACAAAGAAUGGAAGCCCUCGGGUCGAGGCUGACCUUAACUCCACCUCCUUUUGUUUCACAAGGUUUCUCUUCCGCUCCCACCCAAACCCUCCCCAUCACCCAGCCACCGACUCCUCCACCCACUCAAUCAACAUCUUUAAAGACGAGCAGUUCUCCUGAAUCUAAUUCAGGAAAAACAGGCUUCGGUGGGGAAACACUGACUUUAAAUAAUUCGACGACAGCUUCCUCUCAUUUCAGUGUUCAAUCAACAGUCACUAACCCUUCCAUGUCGAAAUCUUCUUCUGUCACUUCUUCAACUUCACAUAUGUUCAUGAUUGGUGAUAGAAAACCGCUUCAAUUCAGCUCCCCCUCCACAAUGACUUCAUCAACGUCAGCGUCAGUUUCUACGGUAACCACCACCGUCCCCAGUUUCCAAGAAAUCACUACUUCAAGUAGUCAAGCACAACCUACGCAAAGGCUGGAAGCUCUUGGAUCCAGACAAAAUCCAUCUCCUCUUACUACCAACAGUUUUUCAGAUACUCCGACCCAACCUGAUCACGACUCGAAGAUUCCGUUUACAGAGUCGACUUCAGUGAAAUCAAAUGACCCUCCUGGUUCUAAGUCAGGAAGCACAGUUUCAACAGUCGUAACAACGUCAUCCACUGCUGUUGUAACGUUAUCUACAACUGCAACAUCUUCGUCAACAGCUGCAACAUCUUCGUCAACUGCUGUAACACCAUCUACAUCAGCAAUAACAACAGUAACAACUACAACAUUUGUAUCAACAACAUCAAUUGUUCCUGCUGCCCAACUGAAUCUUCAAUCAACUUCUACCAAAACUUUUCCCGAAACUCAAAAGAAUGCUUCGUUUCCUACGAUCCAAACGAACGAAAGCUCCUACAUGCUUUCUCAGGACACAACCAUACAUCAGUCUUUCUCAGUCUCCCAAUCGUUGCCUUCAACAACUUCUACGUCAUCGCCUUUAACUUUUGCAAGUGGAUUUGAUAGAAAUACUGGAACGUCACAAGCACCUCCAUUAUUUGGCUCCAUUUCAUUCACUGCCGAAAAACCAAUGUUUUCCAUCUCUCAAAGUGAUGUCAAUAUUCCUGAAAGUAGUGCUGCUCCUUCGUUUGGCUCGUUUUCUUUCGGUGGAACAUCGCAAACAUCAAGUUUUGGAGCAAAGACUGAGACACCGUCAAGUCAACCAGCUUCAGGUUUUGGUGGAUUUUGUGGCCUUGGUGGGAAACCAAUCGAUCCAAACAGAAAUCCAUUUCAAGUUGGUUCAUCCACUCAGGCAUCUACAGCCACAAAUUUAUUUGGAAACCCUACCAAUACGACCAGUAGCAAUCCUUUUCAGACUUCCAGUUCAGGAUCAUUGUUUGGGUCCUCUUCAUCUGGAUUUGGAUCGAGCACGGUUGGUGGUGGGGUUGAAAUGACGGGAUUCGGAACCCCUGCAGCAGCGGCACCGACAUUUGGUACUCUGCCUUCAUUUGGUACCAGUCUUUCGUUUGGCGCAAACCCCUCAUUUGGUACAAAUCCCACAUUUGGUGCGAGUCCUGCGUUUGGUAACCCUCCUUCUUUUGGCGGAGCAACAACGUUCGGUGCUCCCCCCAGUUUUGGCAGUGGUGCAUCGUUUGGUUCAGGGUUUGGAGGAACAACAUUUGGAGCUGGUCCUUCUUUUGGUAAUCUCGGUUCCAGUCCUUCUAGAAUAUUUGGAUCAGGAACAGAAACAUCAGGAAUUUUAGGGAAUUCAUCAUCCACGCCAUCGUUUGGAUCGCUAUCAUCACAAACUGACUUACCCUCGUUUGGUGGUCUAGCUAGUGGACAGAAUAAUGGACUUAAUCAAGGAUUUGGAUCAUCAAUGUCUGGAUCAUCAUUUUCAUCGUAUCGAUAGGAAAAGAUUUUCAAAGAGAUACCAGUGACGAUAAGUGUUUUUUUAGAAUAUUUUUCUGUAUGUGUGUGCGGUAUGUUUAAGGUGUGUUAUAUUGCAUUAUGUGUUCAGUCGUGAUUUUUGUUUUCAUUUUUAAGCUGUAACUUAAUGAAUUAUUGAAAUGCUGCAAUGAAUUGUAGUCAUGAAUCUCUCACUAAACUUGCUUUUGUCAGAGUAACAAUUAAACUCAUUUCACGACAAGUUUAAAAA